AUGAGAGUGCGCCUGUCAGGCUGGCACCCACAGCUUGGACCACCAAGAAUUCGUCUCUUACAACGAAGCUUUUCCACCGUCAAGUCCGUCAAUACCGCUGAGACGCCUUUUGAUUCUGUAGAUAUCACAGAAUUCAGAGAAAAUGCAUUCAAACCGGGGCAGCCUAUGCAUUUCAGAUGUCGCAAGGAAUCGAGGAAUCAGACACCUCUUCCAGCGUCAUCAAAAUGGUUCAAGCAAAAUGAAUCAAUUCAACCCCUAACCUCACAGUCGCCGCCAUCAAUUGAACUUGCGCCGUAUUUGACACAAUUUUCUCAUCAUCUAUUUCCUUAUGAACUUAUAUCCCCGCAGCUCUCCGAUGAAACGGGUCUUGUUAUCGACACAAUCAGCCAAUUUCUCACCUGGCUCGCCUCAAGCUCUGAUCCCAUGGGGGCUGUGCUAGCCGGUAUUGUCCAUGCCGCUGCCCACCCUAACGCCACGGAACCGAAAUUCUCUUCCUUCAGUGCACCCCUACUACUACUUUUGAAGGCUGCCGAGUUCAAUACUCUACACGACAAGAAAAUCAAGCAACUUUAUAUCGCCCAAGCUCAACUGCCUGAUCUGCCUUCAGAACUGCAGGAGGAUCUUCCUCCCCCUCUCAUCGUGCGAGAGGCUGGCAAGGGCGAUAUUUACAACUCGAGCAUAUGGCUUGGGCUGGAGCCGACAUACACGCCGCUCCAUCGCGAUCCGAACCCUAAUCUCUUCUGCCAACUUGUAGGCAAAAAGAUUAUAAGACUGCUACCGCCAAUGUCUGGUGACCGCCUUUACCGACGAGUACAAACGCAGAUACAGCAGUCCGGUAGUAGCCGCAUUAGGACGUCUGAGAUGAUGGAGGGUCGGGAGAGGCUUGUUAUGAACACCGCCAUCUGGGGCAUGGAAGGCCCAGAGGAUAUAAUUGAGGCAAGAUUGGACUCAGGCGACGCCUUGUUCAUACCAAUGGGUUGGUGGCAUAGUGUAAAAAGUGGACAUCACGAUGGGCGAUUAAAUGCGUCCGUCAACUGGUGGUUUCGUUAG